GCGUGCGCCCGGAGACGGCACAGACCGUGGCGGGGGUGACGGGAGAGAGGAGGACACCGACACCGACAGUCGGCAGCGUCGCUCGGAUGGUGUUGUUGUUGCUCCGGACGCGGCGACGAUGCGGCCACACUGCUGGGUGAUGGUAGCGCUGGCGGGGAUCAUGUCGUACUUCAGCCCGGAGAGAGCCCUCGGAGCCCCGCAGAGGGAAGUUUCUCAGACCAGGGCUGCAUCCCUCUCUCCUCCACCCUACGUCGUCAUCCUCAUCUCUUGCUCGGGGCUCGUCUCUUUUGUCCUGCUGCUCUUGACCUGCCUGUGCUGUAAGAGAGGAGGAGUGGGGUUCAAUGAGUUUGACAAUGCAGACGGGGAGGAGUGCUCUGGAGGCUCCAGUCCCAUCCAGGAGGACAGCCUGUCGUCGUGUCCCUCGCUCCCUGAGGUCUACACCUUACCAGUCAGAGACAGGCCCAACUGCCCCGCCCUGCAGGAUGGAGCAGACUCCAAGUCUCAGUGCUUCAAAAGACACACUCUAAACUAUCUCCAGGAGAUAGGAAAUGGCUGGUUCGGAAAGGUGAUCCUGGCUGAAGUGCUGUGCGACUGCAGCUCCUCUCAGGCCGUGGUGAAGGAGCUGCGUGUCAGCGCCAGCCCUCUGGAGCAGAGGAAGUUCUUGGCCGAGUCUGAGCCGUACAGGAGCCUUAAACAUCCGAACAUCCUCCAGUGUUUGGGGCAGUGCAGUGAGAGCAUCCCCUUCCUCCUGGUGAUGGAGUUCUGUCAGCUGGGCGACCUGAAGAGGUAUCUGAGAGCCCAGCGUAAGUCAGACGGGAUGACCCCUGACCUGCCGACUCGGGACCUCUUGACUCUUCAGAGAAUGGCUUUUGAGAUCACCUCUGGUCUGCUGCACCUCCAUGAAAACAACUACAUCCACAGCGAUCUGGCUUUAAGAAACUGCCUGCUGACCUCCGACCUCACUGUUAGAAUAGGUGACUACGGCCUUUCACACAACCAUUAUAAGGAGGACUAUUACCUGACUCCAGACAAGCUGUGGAUCCCACUGCGCUGGAUCGCUCCGGAGCUGCUGGAGGAGUACAGAGGAUCUCUCAUCGUCACCGACCAAACCAAGACCAGCAAUGUGUGGUCGUUGGGGGUGGUUAUAUGGGAGCUGUUUGAGUUUGGCUCUCAGCCACACAGACACCUGAGCGACGAAGAGGUGCUGACCUUCGUCAUUAGGGAGAGACAGAUCACCCUGGCCCAGCCCAGACUCAAACUGUCCCACGCAGACUACUGGUAUGAGAUCAUGCAGUCCUGCUGGCUACCUCCGUCUCAACGCCCUUCUGUAGCAGAGGUGUUCCUCCUCCUCUCCUCCCUCCUGGCCGCUGAGCGAGGAAUGGCGAGGGGGAGUGUCGGGGAGGAAGACGAAGAGGACGAGGAGUAUGAGGAGGGCAGAGGAAGGAGAGGGGAGAGCGACGAGUCGUUUGAAAGACGAUGGGACUUACUCCGUCCCCCUGCUUUCCAGACUGCAGCCCAGGAGCGGCAGAGAGAGAGAGAGUACGGCAGAGAGGACAGAGACCACUCUUACCCCCUGCUGGACCCCGUGGGGAACUGUAUCACCCCGUCCUCGUCUGAACUCGACGACAUCCUGACAGUCACUGAAACCAGCAAAGGCUUGAACUUUGAGUAUUUCUGGGAAAAAGCUCAUGCCAGACGAGGCUACAAACCUCUCCCUCCUCCUCAGCCAAUCCCAACUGUGAACAAUAACCACAGGCAGUCUUUGGACACCCCCACUGUGGUCCCGGUGAUAAGCGCCCGCAGCCCCUCCCUCGCCAGCGAGUACUACAUCAGAUUAGAGGAGCACACUCCGCAGGAUAAGUCGCCGACUCUUAAAGGGAAGACCCAGUCGUCUUUCCGUUCCAACUCGAUCUGCCCUGGCGACAUGGAGCUGGUGGAGAUUCGCAGUGGAAUGCUGGGAAAAGAGCGAGUCCCUUAUUGUGGUUCUGACAAGUGCGGAAAGGGCCUCCAGACCGUCAGAUCAAGCGAGGUUCAGCUCCAGGUGCCGAACACAGGCGUGGCUGAGUUCAGAGACACUUCGAGCAGAGUGACUGACUUCUCAGUCGUCGAUUUAGGGGACGAUGAUGAAGACGAGAAGAGGAGGGGUAGUGAGGCAGAUAAAAAAUCCUCCAUGAGUUCUCAAGCCCCGGUCCUUCCUCCCAAGCCUCGCUCCAUGUCCAUGUUGUCAGCCAACCACCUUCACUCACGCCCCCUCCCCGCCCCUCCACUCGGGUACAGAGGACUGCCUCACUACACCAUCGGUGGGAAAAUCGAAACAGACCCCCAUCACAUGAGCAGCUGUCCACCUUCUACUUUUGAUCACCUGGGGCUCCAUCGGUCCCGACAGACUCUACCCCCAUCCCCGUCCCUCUCCCCCUCCCUGCCCCCAUCCAGCCAUCCCAUUUACCCCCAACCUCCUCAAAUGUGUCCCCCGCCCCUCCCUCCCCACUCCAAACCACAAAGAAGCUGCCCCAGCUACAGCACAGCGGACACUUAUUCUCGAUACGCUAAGCCGCAGAUGCAGAGAUCCAAUAGAGACCCACUAUCCUGUGACCUGUCUGAAAGAGAGGGUGGUAGCAGGCACUUAACGUCGUUGCACAACUCCAGGGAGACUUCUCAUUCUCGCGCAAAAGACUUUGACUCUCCCAUUCGUCGAGAAAACCCAUUGCGCCCAAUUUAUCGAAAUUUACCCCGCCCUCAGCCCACGAACCCCGAGCUUGACAGACAGUCUUCAUCCAGUCCCACCUACUCAGACGAAGACGACUCUCCCUUCAUGUCCCCUGAGAGAAACGGCAGUGGGACUACUGUCACUCACUCCAGCCUAUCUGAAGAUGCAGACCCAGCCUGUGCCGAGCUCUUCUCCCGGGGGAUGAAAAGGACUCAGUCACGCCUUGACACCAUCCUUCCCGCCAUUUGGAGGGAAGAUGCUGAACUUCAUGCAGAACGUGUGGCAGCUGCCAAGAAAUCCCCCAUGCACCUGUUUCUGACUGAGAUAUCUAGUGUGACUGAGUCUACUGAGUCCAAGUCAGAGGGAUCAUGGGAGCAAGAGAAGGAAGAGAAAAGAGAUGGAGAGAGAUGGGGGAACUUUGUGCUGCCAAACAGAGGGAUGCGCCGCUCCCAGUCACUGAUAACAGAGCUGGGGUCAGCCGGACAGUCGUGGGGGCCGGAGAAACGCACCAACAGGACAGGAGCUGAGGAGGAUGAAACAGUGAAGAAAGAAUCAUUCCAGAGGGAUCUUUUCCUCACAGAGAUCGACACAGGAGGGAUGGACACAGAUCCAGAGGGAGGAUCAGAAAUGGAUCCAGUAAAAUAUCUCUAUCCCUCAGGAUCCAGAUUGCGGCCCUAUGUCUGCGCUCCAGGCCUCCCCUCGUACACCGAGGCUGAGGAAGCCUAUUCAAAGGGCAUACGGAGAUCCCGCUCCCUCCUCUCUGAGAUCACCAUCGGGAGGCAGGAGUCUGACCUGCAGCAGACUGAGAAGGAGCCUCGGAGAACAGAAAUGACCAGAGAGGAGUUCCUGAAGGAGAUCCAAUCAGCAGAGACCUUUUUGACUGAAAUCAUAUCGAGACAAAAUGCUACCGCAAACAAAAAGGAAGCAGACUCAUCGUACUCCCCCACGCCGAUGUCUCCUGAAUACGAGUCCAUAUGCAUUGACCCAAACUCGGCUCAGACCAUCAGAUUUCAGUCAGAGAGCUCCAUACGAGCAACCAACAAAGGCAAAGAUGAAACCCCGACUGAGGCCAUCUACGCCCAGGUGACCAAGCGGGCUAAAAAGAGUGAGAUAAAAGUUUCUAUGAAACCUGAGAUCCCGGUCCUUCAUAUAGGAUCAAACAAACAACCUCUUAAACCGGACACCGAAGAAAGCAAUGCUGACCACUGCCAAUCCGGUGAGUUUGUGUUUUCAGAAAUCAUGCCCAAAAAUGGUCUCCUGCACAACCAAACACUCGCAUGUGAUAAAGAGGAGGAGGAGAGUACAGAUGGUCCCGCCUUACCUGCCAGAGGAGAGCAAACAGAUCUCGAAGAGUCUACCCAGAGUGUGAAAGAAUCCAACACUGUGCUUCAGCAAGAGAACAAAUCAAUUAUUACAAAUGACACAGCUGUUAAAUGGAAUGGUGAGUUAGUGAAAGAAGACGUACAAGCAAGCAGCCCAGAGAGAGGAGAUCAAUCAAAGACAGACACCUCGUCAUAUGAAGCUGAUAAAGUUUCUGCAGCGGACUCUGGACACUUCACAGCAGCUGAUUUGGAGAAAUCUCUAAAUAAUGAUGAGACACAAAGAGAAAAUUUAAUUCAACACAAUGACACAGGGCGAGAAAAACACUGUCACAUUGCAGAAAAGGCACCCACACCUGCUGCUACUCCAACUACUCCAGACUGGGACCCGUCCACUGAUGUCUCACUCAUCACCCCCUCCGACUCGGUUCUGUCACCAAUGACUUCCAACUCAGCCGACUGUCUCACACCUAGUGACUCAUGGACAAGCGGUGGAGGAGGAGUGGGAAGCAGCGGGUGGCGAGCUUUGGGAAAUGAAACACCACACAGAGACUCUGCCUAUUUCUCAGACAGUGAGUGGGAGGGUGACGGGAUGAGCAGGAGGGGCAGCGAUGGACUCAUUGCCUCCAGGCCGAGCAGCGGCCGAGGAGGGGAUCGAGGAACGCUGAUGGGGAUCGAGGAAAAAACCGAGGAGGAGGGAGAGAUGGGAGAAAAGAGCCCCUUAAAGAAUAGCAUACAGACAAAUGAAAGUGGACAAAAUAUUGAGAUGUGUGACAAAACAAGAACUGUAUCUCAACACGCUCUAGAAGAUGCCGUCUCUAACUUAAGUGAUGACAAAGAUAUUUUAAACAAAGGGCUGGAGUCAACACACAGAGACGAUUCUGGCAUUUUCCAAAACGAGAGCAAAAAGUCAACUCUGUGCGAUGAUCCGCAGGCCAAGGAAUGUGUUGACUUGAUUGAUAAGUUAUUCUCAAAAUUAGAUGAUGAGCCACUGAAAGGGCUCCCUCACAGCGGUGGGUAUCCGAUAGACAACCAUUACACAGAUGGCAUCAUCUCUCAGAUAACAGAUUGCAAAUACCAGGACUCUGCAGAGAACGAUUUAAAUCUACAUUCCAAGAGCUUCGCAGAGACAAAUAUUUUGAUUGAGUCUGUAUCUGGCAGCCAGUCAAAGGAAUGCAUGCUGAGGCCCAGCAACAAAGAUUACAAAAGUGUUACAGAGACGGAUAUUGAUCUCUCUUCACUGAACUCCCUCAAAUGUGGAAAUGACACCGUGGAAUGUGUAACAGCAUCCCAGGUUGACAACAGAGAGUCAACAUUAUCUAAACUGUACGGCAUUCAACCCGGUGACGCCACACACGGCGGUGAAAUCCCGUCAGUAGUGGAGCCAAGUGAUGACAGGAAGUCUGUCCAUGAUAAAGUGAGCGGGCUGUCGUGUCCUUCUUGGGCAGAGGAGUGUGCACAAGAGGCUGAAGAAAGGCCGGGUCUGGACCACAACGAGCUGGGCCUCAGAAACCUGCGCUUCUCAGACGGCAGCGAGGACCACAAGGUCACAACAGAGACGGAGAAACAGCUGGCAGCCGCAGAGCUGAGCAACGCCAUGAAGGAAAAGUCUCCCCUGAGAGGAGCAGCAAGUCAGAUGAACGCUGCUAACAAUGUGAGAGACUCCUGCGAGGGCCUGGAUGUGAAAGAAUUAUGGAGCACUCUGGAGGGUGACGAGCAGCGAGCAGGAUCUGCUGUGGUUAGGGGCGAGUUUGACUGCCACCGUUUUUCACAGUCAAGAGACUUGCGCUUGUGGCCUGAUGAGAACGACCAGUGGGCCUCUCCAGAGAGGAGGAGCCAGGAUAUUGAACUGAGAUCUGAAUUUUUCUCUGGGUUCAGUAAUAAGGCCUGGGAGGUCGGGGAGAGGCUCGUUGUGGGUCAGGAGUUUUGGGAGACGGAAGAAAACGAUGAACUCGCAGGAAGUGAACCUCACCCUGCGGUCUUGGAGGGCUGCGAAGAAACCUGGAACGAUGAAACACAAGGAAUCGCCGGUACUCUCGCCUUGAAGGAACGGUGGGACUCUGCAGGGAGUGACGAGCAGCAGGCUGUCCAAGUAGUAGACGUACAACAGGAGGAAAAUAUUGAGAACCUGGGAGAAAUUGGCAGUUUUAACAAAGACCUGAAAAGAGAAACAGCAGAUAUUGAAGUAGAGAAUAUAGAAAUCCCAGAACAGGAGUCAUUGGAGCAAGCACAGAGGCUGAUUUCAUCAUGCACAGAGACAGACGAGGACAGGGAAGGUCUGCUAGACUCCACAGGGACAGAGGAAAAUCAAAAUUUUAACAGAUGGCCUCAGAAUCACCUCUGCGAGAUCCAAAAAGAGGGGCAGGCAUCAGCCGAGCACGGUGAGAAAGAAACUGGCUCUAAUUUAGAGAACUGCUUCAGUCACACUUUAGAGAGCUCGCACAUAUCCAUCUGCAUCACAGAAGCUCCUCAUGAGAGCUUUUCAGACUCGGAAAAUGUAGAAUCAGGCGCAGAAACAGAGACUGAAAUGAGACCCUGGCUUGCUAGGGAAUGUAUAGAGGGGAGAGUAAGCAUUAGGGAUGAAGAAGUUGAUUACAGAGACUUGCCUCUUCCACCACAUCCCAUGUCCGGUGACCUUGAUUCUCAGGACGAGAUAGAUCCACAGGUAGACAAUUUCAGCUCAGUGGAUUUUCCAAGCCCUCCACCCAGCAUAGACCUUGAUGUGCAAGAUGAUAAAUUGGAGAGUUUAGACGACUCUUUUCCGAGUCCACCGCCAUCUGUUGUAGAGGCAGAGGAGUUUAUUAGUCACAUUAAUCUAGACGACUUUAUUGCAAGCGCUGAGACAGAGCCGUAUAUUUCCCCAACUCACAACGCAGAUGUCUCAGAGCCACCGCUGCAAGAAUCAACACCUGCUACAACUCAGAGUAAAGGGAUCUCUGCCAAUCUGAACCUCCCCUCUGUGCACAUAACACUCACCGACGAGAGUGACCUCACAGCCAGCAUAGAAAUACAAGAUGAGGAUAGUAAUCUGUUCCAGAAAACAUCAUCCGCCACCCCAUCUUCACCCCAAGUUCCCCUCAACAAUCUCCCAGAAUUACUGAUUUCUGAGUGGAAAGAUUUGGAUGAGGAGCCCCUGGAGGAUUUUGAGAAACUGGAACAACUGUGCUGCAUAUCAGGGGAUGAAGAGGACUCUCUGGGCGACCUUUUCCUUGGGAACCUGGAGCUGCUGGAGUCUUUGAAGAAAACACCUGAGCAGAAGGGCAGCAGUGUCGGUGAAAGUGAUACAGGUGAGGAGACACGUGGCUCCUCCGCUCCUGAGGGCAGCAGGUUGGAGUUAAAGCAGGACUCUGAUGGCUCUGAAAGGCCGGCAGAGUCCGAACCACAUCUGAUCCUCGAUUAUGAAGAUGAGAAGAAUGACGAGGAGAGAUCCCCAAGCCAAAAAUCUGACGUCAAAGACCAGGGAUCUCUCUCUAAGAUGACAACAAAGAAUGGCCUCAUGAUGCAGGUGUGUGAGGAGAGGCUGCAGUUCUCCCUCAGUGAAAAUGUGAAAACCAAUGUGCUCUGGGGGUCGACUGUUAAGGACACGGUGACGCUGCGGCCCUGGGGAGAGCAAAUCACAGAGAACAGCAGCGAGCUGGUCACUGUGGAGGAACACAAAGAGGAUGAAAGGCAUGAGGAGCAGGAAAGCUCCCCCAGCGUUCAGCCCCUCACUGAGUCUGAUGAAACUAAAGCGGAGCCGCUCACUGUGAUUGAACAACCUGAGGUCACGACCCCUCAGCUGACCGCGAACCAGGCCAUGAAAGCCAAACUGGCCCGUCUGUCCCUCGCCCUCCCUCCUCUUGCUCUGACUCUCCCCCUCACCCCCACUGGUAAAGGAGGAUUCGGGGACGGUGCAAUUGGAAACCGCAUUGGAAGACGGAGAGGACUGUCCUCGGGGAGCGACCCUGACGACGAGGAGGAGGACGAGCAGGAGGACGAAAGCUCCCGGAGGGUGAUCGUUGUCACGGAGACAGACGUGGACAAGCGUGUCGGGCUGAGGAGUCUGCUGAAAUCACCCAAGGAGCCGAUGGACAGAGAGAAGGACAGAGGGAGGAAUGUGUCCUUUUUUGAUGAUGUCACAAUCUAUCUUUUUGAUCAGGAGACUCCAACCAACGAGUUGAGCAAUUCAGCGCCCACAAGUCCAGCCCCAGUGUCCGUCAAAAACACCAAGCUGGAUCUGCGCGGGUCAAACAUCAAGAGCAAAGAAUCAAAAAGGAAAGAUGAUUUAUCAAUCAAACCGAGGUCGCCAGUGGGGGCCAAACCAGUGACAUCAUCUCGCUUCACUGUCAGCCCAGCCAACGACCCCCACUUGGUGUGAUGUUACACGUCAGCGUGGGAACCUUUAGAGCUGAACCCUCUCGGACUGGCCACUGAAUUAACCCCCCGACAACCAGCCAUUCACCCAGAGGCUAUUUUUUUAUUGAAGAGGCAACUGAAAGAAUGAUGAGACUCCCGUUCUAAAGCUGGACACAUUCCAGGUUUUACCAGCGACAGGAUUUUGUAUGACAGGCGUUGUGCUCCUGCCUGCCACUAUUUACAGAGUUUAUUCAUAGCCUUCAGCUACAAAAAGUCUUUGAACAAGGCAGCAUAUGUUAGGAGAAGAGGAGCCUGGAGCUUUGUAAAAUCUGAACCAGAUUUGACAGCUAUGCAGUGGGAGUCUUGCUGUGUACCAGCUUACCUUCUCUUUUUCUUCUUCAUUCUGUUGUAUUAUUCCCCAGAUGUGCGGGGAAUGCACUUUCUUUAGUCAUUCAUCCGUCUAUGUAAGCGCUUGGAUCCCAGUCCUCUCUUUAUUAAGGAAGUUUUUCAUUGCAGUCAGUUGUUCUUGUAGGCAGCAGUUUGGAGCAGAACUCGAUGACUCCUGUAUUUGAGAAUACUCGUUAACAUUUGUACAAAUAUCAUAAUACAAGUGAAUACAAUAUCAUUUUAGAGCUGUUUACUUUUAGAUGUAUUCUUAGACUGCACGAAAAAUGAAACAAGCUAUGCUUCUUUAAAACUUUUAGUUCUAGAUUAUUUCUCUUAUCCGGUUAAUUUAUAUUAAAUAUAUAUUUAUUAUAUUGUUUUAUUUCUUUAUGUAAAGCCAGUUUCCAUGCAAUAUUUUAUUUAUUUAAUUAUUUAUUUUUCCUUAUUUAUAAAUCAGGUUAUUUAUUUGCUUUUCUGCAAUUAACAUAUAUUAACUUAGCUAUAAUUUGUUUGGGACAGAAUGCAUCUAGGUUAUACCUUCUCUAAGAUCUUCAUAACAAAUAAAUCAAAAUAUUUUCCCAAACGUCUUAAUUGCUAAAAAAAACAAGAAGUAUUUUGUAUAAUUUUACUUGUUAAUAUAUGCCAAUCUGUAUGGAACUAUGUCCUGUAAUGUGUCAUUAUUUUUCCAAUGUCUAUGAAUUCUUAGCUGUCUUGUCAUUAUUUUACUUUGUUUAAUGACCGUUAAUGUAGCUUAGCAUGAAAAAUCGAAGCCUCUCAUCAGUAAAUAACUCCAUUUGUUUGUAUAUCUGUUAAUUUACCCAUUUUCUACUAAUAACAGUUCAUCCUGCAGUUGAGGUCCAACUAGUCCAUUCGUUUAGUCUGUUUAAAUGUUGGUUUAAAACCUGUAUUGUUUAAAGAAUGGUUUUCAAGGGGUAAUGUAUAAACAAGGGGAAAUAAAAACUACAAAAUGUGAACCUCUUAUUGAACUGUUUCAUGACAAUAAAUCGUAUUGUUUUGUAA